AUGGUUGUCAACGCUUCUCAUGAAAUUCAAAAAUCUGGGACCUACUUGACCAUACCUUCCUUCGAUGGACUCUGGGGUCACGGCUUCUUCGAGCUGAAUUGGUUUGGUAUGCCGCACAAAUACAUAGGAAAAACGUUCGCUGCACUAGCUGCAGGAAAGCAACCAAGAAGGCACUACGAGCUUCUUUAUCUCGUGCCUGUUACGAAACCUACCGACAGUUUUACUACAAAUAUUCUUGCACCAAAUUUCGACGUGGACACUCUGAUGAGAGGAGAAUGCCUCGGCUACUGGGCCCUGUUAUUAGAAAAUGGGAAUUCGUCCAUACCAACGAACGUAUUGUAUUCUUCAUGCUUUACUCCUAAACCUCGUUGGAUGCGAGAAAACUGUUGUGCGUUGUCCAUGCUAAGCCUAAUGGACAUGCUUAUACCCGGAACGCACAACUCCGGAAUGUGCAAGCCAAGGUUCAAGUUUCCGCACGGACAGUUAGUAUAUAACCAAUACGAAAGCAUCAUGCAACAGCUCGCAUAUGGCAUUCGCGCAUUGGAUAUUAGGGUGCAGUGUUACAGAGGAGAAUUUUACGUUACCCACGACGUAGUGCGAGGACGAUUGACCAUACGACAAGUGCUCAGAGAAGUUCGCAAGUUCGUUGAAGCGACGGGAGAACUGGUGCUUCUUGAUGUCCACCGGUUCCCGAAGGGAUUCGAAGGGAGUUGGCAAUUCGUUGCACAGCGACAUGAAAAACUUGUGGACGUCAUUGUCACGGAGUUAAGUGGUGUGCUUCUUAAGCGAUUGGACUAUUCAAAAGAGCUGAAUGACAUUUUUAAUGGAUGCAGAAGAGAAAGAAAAUUGCGAGGUCACGUUGUGGUAUUCUAUAACUCAAAAUACUACAGUGGACCUUACGAAGGUUUGUUGGCACCCGCAGUAGUGCAUAAGUGGCCGAAUGCGCAGAGCAAAGAGGCACUCAUUGAAUACAUUAAUAUGGUUUCCAUAAUGGCGGAGCUCACGCCGAAAUUUCCAAUGUUCGUGGUUAGCACUCGUAGGAUUGCGCAGUGGGUAAAUCACGACAUGACCGAAUAUUUCAGGCAGAAACAAGGGACAUGCACUGGUAUUAUUUCUACAGAUUACUUUCUUGGUAAUGCGAUAAUUGACGUAGCGAUCGAGGCGAACCUUGUGAAAGGGCGAAAUAGACUAUCUCUGAACUCGUCCGGGCGCCACAACUACUGCAACGUGUCUGAUUUUCUAUAGAAUAAACUUACAAAUGAAAUUAAAAAAAACUUA